AUGGAGCCAUGGCCUCUCAUGUUCCGGUUGCUGCUGCUGCUGUGCCUACAGGGUUGUGUCUCAGGUCCCUCCAUUGAGAACGUGUACCGGAAAGUGCGGCGGCGUGAAGGGGAGUCUCUGUCCCUGCAGUGCUCGUACAAGAACCGCCGGAACCGCGUGGAGGGCAAGGCUUGGUGCAAAGUGAAGAAGAAGAAGUGUGAGCUGAACUUCAUCCGGGGCUGGGUGAAGGGGCCCAGCUACUCAAUAAGGGAUGACGCCAAGGCCAAGGUGGUCUACAUCACCAUGGAGGCCCUCAGAGUCCAGGACUCCGGACGAUACUGGUGUAUGCGUAACACGGCUGGGAAUCUCUACCCUCUGGUGGGUUUCCAGCUGGAAGUAUAUCCAGCCCUCACAACUGAGAGAAACAUUCCUCCCACGCAUCUAACCAACAUCUUCGAGAGUGGAUUUGUCACAACGGGCCAGGUCCCCAUUUCAGGCCCUCACAGCCCUUUCACCUCUGACAUGACUGUGUUCACAUCUGGACUCCUCACCUUGGCCUCAGGGACCACCGCACCGACCCCUGUGACAAGCUUCAGCUUCACCGAAACCAGUGGUACCCUCGCAGAGCCCGGGAAGAGCAUGAAGUCCCAGCCAGUGACUGUGUCUCCUAGCAAUGCGAGGUCCUUCUCUGCUGACCCAGGGACCACUUCCACCGUGUCCAGACACCUGAGCAGUGGCUUGUCCACCACGGGGAUGUGCCACCAGUUACCUCCCAACAGGUCCCAGGAGACUUACCUCACUGUGGUGGUGGUGAUGCUGACGUUGCUUCCUGCGCCUGUGGUGAUGGUUAUGGGCUAUGGGAUUUGGAAGAAGAGGCACAUGGGAAGCUACAAUUUGGGCAGCAACUCGGCUAAGCCCUGGAUACACCUUCCGGAAGGACCAGAGACGCCAUGGAAGCCUGCUUGGUCUAAGAUAACUGAGUGA